CAGAGAACUGCAACCAUGCUGCUUUAUUUGCAAAAGCAGAAGAGCUGUUGGUGAAGAGAAUGGCAAGUGGAGAUCCUCUGGCGUGCUUUCUGAGAGGACAACUGUGCUAUGAAGAGGGGUUGUAUGAAGAAGCAUUAAUACAAUUUGAAAAAAUCAAGGAUGUAGAUUUUCAAGCAAUGUAUCAGCUUGGUGUAAUGCAUUAUGAUGGACUAGGCACUACAGAAGACCCUGAGAGGGGAGUGGAAUACAUGAAGAAAAUACUCUACUCUGAUUCCCCAAAAGCAAGACACAUGAAGUUUGCAGCUGCAUACAAUCUUGGUAGAGCGUAUUAUGAAGGAUGUGGUGUCAAGCAGUCAACUGAAGAGGCUGAAAGGUUGUGGCUUAUUGCUGCAGACCAUGGAAAUCCAAAAGCAAGCGUAAAGGCCCAGAGUACUUUAGGAAUGCUUUAUUCUAUGUCAGCUCAAAAAGACCUGAAAAAGGCCUUUUUCUGGCAUUCAGAAGCAUGUGGCAAUGGAAGUGUGGAAUCACAGGGAGCACUCGGUGUUAUGUAUCUCUAUGGACAAGGUAUAGGUCAAAACACUAAAGCUGCUUUGGAGUGUUUGAGAGAAGCAGCACAACGUGGAAACAUCUAUGCUCAAGGUCAUCUUGUGGAAUAUUAUUACAAUAGAAAAUUUUACUCAACAGCUGCUGCAAUAGCCAAAAGAAUUACAGACCACGAUGACAUUGAUACGCUAGCAAAGAAAACUGACUGUCUUCCUGCGUAUGUCGCCAAGGGGGUUGCCAUGGCUGCUUUCUACUUGGGUAGAUGCCUCCAGCUUGGCCUAGGUGUACAGCAAGAUCAAGCCAGUGCUGAAAAAUACUAUUCUAGGGCGUGUCUUCUGGAUCCUGAUGUUGCUGCUGACCUUGAACUGGCAGCUAAUCUUGGGAAAAUUUAG